AUGUUAUUUCAUUCAAAUGAUGUUAACUUCCAAAAUUCAUCACAAAAGGAAAACAGAAGAACAUCAAUUAAACGAUUAAGAACUGAACCAAGCUUAGCCAUCAAAAAUAUAACAAAUACAAUACCAACUUCUAUUACCACAGGGUAA